GCUUGCACUCUCAGCGGUAAGUGGUAGUUGUACGCAUUUGAUUUUAUUUGUUCGUUACUUCGCAUACCUGCUCGUGCAUACUAUCAAUCAAUCUGAAUGGCUAAUUAGGCUAUUCCACACUUUGAAAGAAAACUUUUAUGCCCCUUCUAUGAGGCGGGAUAACAAUAAAUUUGUUCACUUGAAAUUGUCGUCUUCGCGACUCGUGUCAUUAAGUCUUUUGUGAAUAUAUUGUAUUGAUAAUAAUUAAAAGAGGAGCAGUGCCGUGCACGUGUAAAAGUGUACUUCAUUAGUGCUACGUCAUCAUCGGAUUUUUCACUUAAUUACGGACAGUGACACUAAUCAUCUAUAAUAUCACGGUGCGACGCAUAUUAUAUGGUGUUAAAAAUUGAGUCCAAAUUGAAGAAGGACGGCUCAACGAUUGAGGACGAUGUGGUUAAGCGGAGAAACGCGAGGAGGUGAUAGCGACUUCUGACCUUCUGUACUAGUCCCUAUCGAUGAGGGCCUGCAUCCAAAUCUUGUUUGAGAAGGAUUAUUAUCGAGAGGAGUGAAAACAAAAAAAAAAAAAAGAAGAAAAGAAAGUAAAAGUCUUUUUAGUCCUCUGUAAAACGAUCAGUGACGUUAUUAUUACCAGAAAAAAAGUCACACACAUAUUACUACUCUACCUUUGAAAAAAUACCUCGUACCUACAAGUACCUUUAAAUUUACCUUCCGCAGCGCAAUAGUGCCUAGAUAUUCCAACGCAACUAGAAAACGUUAUUUAGAGGAAUCAAAGAGCAACGGAUAAUUACAGAGAGAAAAAAAAAAUUGAAGAGCAAAAAAAAAUUAUUACACGCUGAAUCAAUUGCGCUACAUUCUAUUUGAAAAAAAAAUCAAUAUAAAUGUAUAUUUAAAAACAAAAAGUAUAUAUAUACAUAUAUAUAAAUGAAAAUAAAUAUAAACACAUAUAUUUAGGUACUAUAGAGACACAACAACCCGCACCUUGAUACACAGAGCACGAUCCUCGUGUUACACUCACGCUAAUAUUAUAAUACCUUCGAGGAGCGUAUACCUUCUUUUUUCUCACGCGCACUCGUAAAGAACCUGAUAAAAAAUACCUGCACUGGGAAAAUCGUCGCACUCAUUACCUCUAAAGUCGGAUCUAUAUAUAUACAUAUAUAAAUGGAAUUAUAAAACGAGUACUGCGAUUCCCAUCACUCAUCAAUCCUUUAAAACAUUUUACUACGAAACCAGGACAGUCAAGUACCUGCAGACAGAUAUAUUUAUAAUUAUUAUUCAGAAAAAAUCAUAUUCUAUUCUACAAAAGUGUGUAUGAAAGUACGAGUGUUAUAUGCAUAAAAGAUAAACAGUUAAAUUGUUGGAAAAAAAAAAGUUGAACAAUUUCAAGUGCUACGAAAAGUCGUCUCUUCUUUCUUCUCAACUAGUGAUUAUAUCGCUUCUUCUUCUUAUACUAUUACUACUACUACUACUACUAGAACUAUUUUUUCUUCUACUACUACUUUUACAACAACUACUAACAGAAUUAAGAUACCUCAGGGGACGAUCAGAGAUACGGCAAAAUCGCAGCAUGCAACAAAAGCAGCAGCAGCAAACUUUCGAUGUACACGUAAAGAUGCGACAUGUGAUAUAAAACUUCACCAGUUCUUCUUCACAAUCCUCGAGAAAUUCGAGGAGGGCAAACCGAUCAUCAUUUCUCCGAAGAGCGAAGAAAAAAAUUAAUAACAAAAGUCAAAUCGCUCUAUACGAAACAAAGCUUUGUAGACCACAGCAGUCCUGAUAACAACUGUCUCUUUCGUCAAAGACACACAAAAUACAAGUUUUAGUCAACCUCAUAGUGCAAAGGAUAAUCUGGAUAAAAAUCAAGAGAGAGAAGCUAUUUUCCAUUAAACCACGUGAGUGAGAGUGUAAAGACAAGAACAAAGAAAAUAGUAACCAAACGUGAUAAAGUGACUUCGAUUUUUUUGAUGCAAGCGUGUUGAAAAUUGAUUAUUUUCUUAAGUGACUCCCAAAAGCUAAGCUUGUGGAAGAGAGGAAGUUAGUGAUAACGGAAGUGUUGUUAGUGACAGUGGUGGUGGCGUCAGUGAUUGACAGAAGAGGAAAAAAGAGAGCAGGCCAGUGUCGGGAGGCCGGCGGCGAAUAGAGUGUCACGGUGGCCAGCUUAGUGAGUGGCAACGUCGCGGUGCGCUACGAUGAGGCGUCGGGGGUGGUGGGGGCGGGGGCGGUCGUGCUGGCCCCCGCUUCCAGGCUAGCCGGCCCAACAGGGUCCAGCAUGGACACCUCGGAAGGACCCACCGGUGUUGGCGUUGCCGUGGGCACAGGUCUUGUCGUCAAGGCCGAGACCUCACCGGAACAUCUUGCCGGCACCUCGUCAACGGCCUCGACGGUAACCGGCCCCAUUGGCACCGGAAGUAGACUAUUCGCUGGUAUUGCUAGCAGCAAUAAACGACCGAGGCCCGACGAUUGGCUCACUCCCAAUAGUCCCAGUUCACCACAAAAUUCUAUGGCCGCGCAACAUCUCAUCUAUACAACUCCACAACAACAACUCAGCCAACAGCAGCAGCAGCAACAACAACCCCCCAUUGCACACUCUACACCAAUUGGACAGAAUCAACAACAACCAUCCCAAGCACCAAACAACAAUGGCUAUGCGAGUCCCAUGAGUUCUGGCAGCUACGAUCCCUACAGUCCCAACGGUAAAAUAGGUAGGGACGAUCUGUCGCCUCCAAGUUCGCUGAAUGGGUACAGUGUGGAUAGUUGCGAUGCAAAAAAGAAAAAAGGCCCAACUCCUAGGCAACAGGAAGAGCUCUGUUUGGUUUGCGGUGAUAGGGCGUCGGGUUAUCAUUACAAUGCCCUCACCUGCGAAGGAUGCAAAGGCUUCUUCCGUCGGAGUAUCACAAAGAAUGCGGUUUAUCAGUGCAAGUAUGGAAACAAUUGUGAAAUUGACAUGUACAUGCGUCGCAAGUGCCAGGAGUGCCGGUUAAAGAAAUGCCUUACCGUUGGUAUGAGACCAGAAUGUGUGGUUCCUGAGUAUCAAUGCGCGGUCAAGCGCAAAGAGAAAAAGGCCCAGAAGGUAGGGGAGAAGGAUAAACCUAAUAGUACAACGAUGAAUGGUUCACCGGGAAGUCUCACUGGUAUCGGGACGGAACAUAUAGUAAAGUUGGAACCAACGGAGGGCGAUUCUCUCUCAAUGUCUGGUAGCAGUAAUGCCGUUAUCCCCAUUGGUUCGCAAAAUGGUGUUAAACCCGUCAGUCCUGAACAGGAGGAGCUAAUACACAGGCUCGUUUAUUUUCAAAACGAAUUCGAACAACCUAGCGAGGAGGAUCUCAAAAGGAUCACUAAUGCACCAACGGACAAUGAGGAUCCUAGUGACGUUAGAUAUAGGCACAUCACUGAGAUCACGAUAUUGACGGUUCAGCUGAUUGUAGAAUUUGCCAAGAGGUUACCGGGUUUUGAUAAGCUGAUGCGCGAGGAUCAGAUUGCACUGUUAAAAGCAUGUUCGAGCGAGGUGAUGAUGCUCAGGAUGGCAAGGAAGUACGACGUGCAAACGGAUAGUAUUGUCUUUGCUAAUAAUCAGCCAUACACACGCGACAGUUACAGCUUAGCAGGAAUGGGCGAAACAAUUGAGGAUCUUCUUCAUUUUGGAAGGCAAAUGUGCUCCAUGAAGGUCAACAAUGCUGAGUACGCUCUACUCACAGCCAUCGUUAUCUUCUCAGAGAGGCCCAAUUUGUUGGAGGGUUGGAAAGUGGAAAAGAUACAGGAAAUCUACCUCGAGGCAUUGAAAGCCUAUGUAGACAAUCGGCAUAAGCCAAAGUCCUGUAUGAUGUUCGCAAAAUUAUUAUCGGUGCUGACCGAGUUAAGGACUCUCGGCAAUCAAAAUAGCGAGACAUGUUCCAGCCUGAAGCUCAAGAACAAGAAGCUGCCACCUUUCCUCGCCGAGAUCUGGGACGUGGUGCCCUAGUUUCCCGAUCGAUGGUCACCGGGACCUGCACCGGUCGGCUAAAAUUGAUGUUCGGUCGCGCGCGCGCGCACACACACACAAGACCUUCGAAACAAAAAAAAAAACAAAAAUCGUCCAAGGGACGAUUGUUCAGGGAUAAUUUCGAAAGCCAGAUAUGCAUACCGCAAAAAAAAAAAAGAGGUUGUCCUGGCGAAGGAGGCGGCGUACGUGACUUUUGUACUAGUGCACCAUUGUGCCACUGCCUCCGCAUCAUCAUCAUUAUUAUCAAUCAUCGUAUAAUCGUCGUCGUCGUCGUCGAUAAUCGCUCCCAUGAUGUCUUUUUUUUCUUUGAAAAAUUACAGAAAAAAAAGAGAAAAAAAAUAUAGAAAGAUGAUUUCUCAAGUGUGCACAGAAUCAUUUUUCUCAUGGUGAUUCGAGAAAGAAAAAGUAAAGGAAGCGACAUUGAAAGAUAUCGGUUUUUUUUUUAAAAAAAAAAAAAAAAAAAGAGGGCAGUGGCGAGGCACCCAGGCUGUGAUACGUAGAGACAGUACAGAAACUUUAUAAGGAGCUGACUGCACUUAUUCAUAUAUUAUUAUAUAUAUAAUAUAUAUAUACAUAUUAUAUAUGUUAUAUAUAUAUAUACUUAUAUUUAUAUUAACUAUAUAUAUCCUAAUCGGAUCCCCUGAUAUCGAUAUAUGUAUAUGUAAAGUAUAUAUUAUAAGAAUAUACUUAGGCGAGCGAGUGAGAGAAUAGACAAAAGAAUGAGAGUCACAAGAGUGUGCGAGAUAAUUUUAGGGUAUAAGAGGGAUUAGAAUUUUUUUUUUUUUUUUUUUUUUUGUGAGCACAGAACACUGUUGAGCAGUGUCCUGGAGAAUCACAAAUUAAGCGCGAAUACGAUAUAAAUAAUGAUACGAUAGAGUCUAUUAUCACACACAUAGCAUAAUAAUAUAUUGCUAGCAUGUACGUUGUUUAUUAAAACGAGAGAGAAGAGAAAAACGUGAGGGGGUGGGGCAGGGGGGACCUUUGAAAAAAAGCGAGAAUUUUUCCCAGGUGUGUACGGAGUGUGUGUGCUUGUGUGGCAGAGAUGAGGAACGAAAGAGAGAGAGAGAGAAAAAAAAUGUUGAAAGAAAUUGAGAGUUAAGAACGUACUCGUAGAGUAAAAAGAAGUAAAUCAGCGAGGCUAGAGAGACAAAAAAAAAGAAAACAAAUAAAGAGGUAGUCGUAGUCAGUCAGCUAGGUUUAGGUGACCGAGUCAAGUGCAAAGCCCUGUGCCUUCAGCAGCGGACAUCGGCUCACCGAAAAAGAAAACAAACAAAAAAAAAUAAAAAAAAAAAAACGAAAAAUAUAUGAAAUUUAACCGUCCGUUUUAAUUUUUUAAUAAAAUCAACAAAAUCGUAAUAAAAUAUUGUAAAUUUCAAAGAGGUUCAAUAACGUUGUAUUGUUAGGAAAAAAAAAAGAAGUGAGAAAUGUAGAAAGAACUAGAACGACGGGUGAAAAUUAUAUCUAGAGGAUUUAGUGUGACGGGCAUGAAAGUGAAGAGAUAAUCGUGAAAAAAAAACUAACGCGACGAUCACUGCCCCUUUAUUGGGGGCUGUCGAAAAACAUUAUUAUGCUAGCAUGAAAAAAUUAUUAAAAAAAAACAAUGACAGCAUCAAUCAUUCGAUUUGCUGACAAAAGGCUAUUUUAUGGGGAAAAAAACGAGCCUCACCGUAACGACAAAAAAAUAACAAAAAUACGAAGUUAUACGUUUAUACCCAAAAAAAAAAAAAAAAACACUCGCAUACUUUACACGCGCUAAGAAUUCUCAAUGUUGUAAAACUGUAACAUUUACGCUAUUAUAAAUGAUUGUAUGCAGUUGUAUUCUAUAGUAAGUAACAACGCAAAAUUUUCAACAACAACAAAAAAAAGUCACAGCUUCGUGUUAGAAAAAGGCGCAAUUCAAGAAUUUUAGAAAAAAAAAUUAACGAUAAAAUACUCCAAAAAAAGAAAGCAAAAUUGUUGAAGUAAAAAUGUAUAAAAAGAGGAAAGAUGAAACGAAAAAAAGGCGCCUUAUUUUUGAAAAAAAAAAAACGUGAAACGUGACAAAUCUUUAUAGAAAGUGCUAUGCCAUAAAAACAAAAUAAGAAUGCAAAAACACACAUUAUUAAAAAAAAAAAAAUAAUAAGUAAUAAGUAUCUCGUAUAACGUUACAGUCAUGCGUCAUGUUAAUCGAUAGUGUGCGGCAUGUCAUAUGUUGCAGAGAGAAUUUUUGGACUCUGGCGUUGUUUAACCCCCUUUUUGAGUCAAGCAACUGAUGACCUUCGGUUCGAUCAUGUUCGAUACACACAUUUAAAAUACACGUAAACUAUAAUAAACCGCCUGUAAUAUCUACACACACGCGGCAACUUCCGAUCGGAAGCUUAACUUUUUCUCUACGAGGGUAUAGUAAAGGGGGGGUACAAAUUUUUUUUUCUUUCUCGGAUGCGAGAGUAUACAUCCGAAUUUCAAAGAUUUAAAAAUUAACUUUGUAACGCCACAAGGCAGACACUGCCACACCGCAGAGUGAACGUAAUAACACCAUAAAACAUCAUUAACGCUCUUAUUAAGAAAAAAAAAAUUGAUAAUAAAAGCGAAUCAGUCGACGACGAAAAAGUAGACAGAGAGAUAAAAAUAUAAAAACAAAAAAAAACAAAAAAAAGAAUACAACAUACGAGCAAGAAAGACCAUUUUUUCCCGCCAAUGUCAGGCUCAAGUAGAAAAAAGCUCAUUAUUUGAAAAAAGAAAAAAAGUUAAUCAACAAUCAGAUUGAUUAGUCAAGUGCGAAUUGUAAUUUUAAAAAAGAAAGUUUGGACUUUUUUUUUUUUAUUUCAAUUUUUGAGAGUUUAUUAACGAAAAUGAAACUUUUAAAAUUUUGUUAGAAAUAUAAAAUAUUUUAAUUUGUUUUUUAAAAUUUAAUUUCAUGUAUAGUUAAAUUAGUUUUAUUAAUUCCAAUUAAUGAAAUUAGUUUUAAAAAGAAAAUGAAUGCAAUUUUAAUUAUCUUUCUUUUAAUGCAAUUUAAUUUUUAAAUAAUGCAAUUGUUUAAUUUUUAAUAAUGCAAUUUUUAAUUUUUAAAUGCAAUUUUUAAUUUACAAAAAAAAAGAAUAUUGCAAUUUAUUGAUAAUUUAAAAUUAUGCAAUUUUAAAUUUAUUUAAAAAAAAGAGAUAAGUGAUGCAAUCUUUAAUUUUAAUUUGAGAAAAAAUACUUAUUAAAUAAGUUUUUUUCUUUUGAAUAGAAUUUAAAAUAUAGAAAACUUUCAUGUGUAUAAUGAUUCUGCCUAAAAAUUGAAAAAGGUUUUAAAACUCAAAGAAAUAAAACAAUUGCGCACAAUCUAGAAGUAUAUAUUAUUUGUAAUAUAUACAUAUAGAAGAAACGAAAUAAUUGGCGUCAAAAUAAUUGAUUAAUCGAAUUAGUAUUGUAAUGGAAGGAGAAAAAGAAAUUUUUUUUUUCACUUGAGGCCGAAAAUUGAGUGAGAGCCCUUUAGGUUAUUAGGCUCUAAUUUGUUAAAUUCUACAUUUUAAGAUGUAAAUUUUUAAGCUCUUUUAACGGUAUUCGAUGUAAGUUUUUGAUCAAGAAAAGAAUUUCAAAGAAUUUAAAAAAAUGUGGAGCCUGACUAUGGUUGUAUCAUUGCCAUUUGUAUCUCAUAAUAUUCCUAGGACGUAGAUAAUACAAUACCUAUCGUCUAAUCUUGUAAGUACCGUGCAUUAUCUACCACUCGAAUUUUAUUCGCAUAAUCAUAAUCAUUGCCACAGUCAAUCAUUAUUGUUGAAAAUGGAAAGCAUUAUUAAAAAAAAAGCAACAAUCGACAUGACAUAAUUGCGAAGACAUUGCCCAGCUCCAUUGAUAAACGCGAUGCAAAAAAAAUAGUCGUGAAUUAUUAAGAAAAACAUUUGUGUAUAGGAAAAAAAAAUGAUGAAACUCUUUAAACUUAAGCACUUCGCUCGUAACGAAUGCGUUCGUCUUUAACUCUUUAUCCACUUAGGUAUAUGUGUCGCGGAAAAUGACGAAAAGGAGGAGAAGAUUUAUAUAAAUUAUUAUAAUAAUACAUAUAAUGUGAGAGAAGCACGAUGAAAGAUUGAAGAUUUAUUAGAAUAUUAAUUAAAUGGAUAAUGACUCUCUUUAGUGAAAAUUUUUUUAAAAAUUAAAUUUAUUAAAAUUGAUAUUUGAACGGUAUUAUGAUGUUGUGCAAUAUAGUUAGGUAAAAUUGUCCAAAUUCCAAACAAUAUUGUUUGGCAUUUUUUGUGUAAGAGUCGAGGAUUUUAUUCUUCCUCUUUAGUUGUGUUUGUCUCUAUAAAUAUAAAUUGAAAGCAAAAAAAAAUAAAGGCGAUUCAAUCGAGAAUUCACGAAUUCGUUUUUGUCGCAUACACGAGACAAAAACAAAAAAAAAAAAAAAUCUUCUCCGAUUUUUCAUUAAAACCGUCGACGGCAGGUCCACGCAUUUUAUUAUUUUAGUCACGCAUUUAUUCGUAUAGUUUCGUGAGGACGAUUUGAAAAAAAAGAACCGAACGAAAAUACUCUAGCUGAAAAAAAUCAUUCUUCGAGAGCUUAUAAUAUUGUGAACCCAAUGAAACGUUUGUCUUUAAAAAAAAAAAAAAAAAGAUUUCAUAUAUGUCAAAUAAAAAAAAAAAAUUUAAAUAUAUUGAAAACAAAGAUAUUUAAAAACUUAUAAACAACUAAUUAAAUUUGUUGUAUCAUUUAAGUUUAAAAAGUUAAAAUAUUUCAGUAUUAAAUAUUGUUUUUAAAUAUAGUCGAUUUUUUUUUUAAAUUUCAUUUUAUAAAUUUGAAUUCACAAAAAAAUAAGCUUUUGACUAUUCAUUAACACGUGAUAUAUUAAAAACGAGACAAGAUCGCAGCAAGCAGAUAAACGAAUAAAUGCAUUAAAUUGAAAACAAGUGAAGUAAAGAAAAAUAUGCACUUCUACGAUCACUGCCAAGGGCGUUAUCUAUAUUGACGUCGGUUUUAUUUUCUUAGUAAAAAAAAAAAGUGAUUGUCGUUUUUUGCGGCCUUUUCUAGGCUGAUUGUUCACAAUACUGCCAAGCGUAGAGUUCAAAUCUCUGUGGCUUCAUUAUUAUUAAUUUUUAAUUUCUUUUUGAUUCUCUUAAUGAAACUUAUUGUUAAUAAUACUCUAUAUUGUACCGACUUAAUUACGCGAAUCGUAAAUCGAUCUGUCGUUCGACUGUCUGUCGGUCUGUCUGUAUUUCCGUCUUUUUUUUCCCCCAUUCGAGAUUAAGCAAUUUUUCUUCACAAAACUGCGCGAGAAAAAUUCAAAAUCCUUUUUUUGGCUUGAUUUUUUGAAAAACAAUUUAAAAAAUAAGUUUACAAUUUUUUUUAUUUUGCAUUUUUAAAAAGAUUAUGAUUAAUAUUAUAUUGGUUGAGAUCAAUAUUAAUAUAUAAUAUAAUUUUAUAAGAGAAGUUUAAAGAUAUAUUUUAAAAUAUCAAAAAACGGAUUUCGAAAUUUUUUAGCCAGUCACUCGUUUCUAAUGUAUAACGAACAUUUUCCAAAAAAAAAAAAAGAGACCUGCCGUUAUCGGUUCUAUUCGCUGUCGACUAAUUACUAAAUUUACUCCUGUACUUGUACACACGCGCAAAAUACACACACACACACAUAUACAUAAACAAACAAAAAAUCUAGGGGGGGUAAUAAAUAUUUAUUGAAUUACGAAUUUUAUUGUAAAAAAAAUAAUUGGAAAUUAUCAAAAAUUUUCUAAAAUUCGAAAUUUGUUGUAGGAAAUUGAAGUUAUUAUUAGUUUUUUUUUUUGGGAAAAUCACACACGAAACACACCUCGCACGUUAGAGCGUGCAGCUUUCUUUAAGUAUAUCGAGUAUUAUUAUAUCUAUCUAAUGUAUACUUAAUUAUAUUCACUCGAAAUUUUAAUGUUAAAAAGAGUGGUGCGUGUUUCGUGCGUAAUAAUUAAAAAAAAAAUCAAAGAUUAGGAAAAAUUGGCCGAUUGCUUGUUGGCAAUAUUUAUCUCGGUGAAAUUUUUCAUCAUUUAUGUAAGAAAAAAUUAUUUCUAAAAAAAAUAUUAGAAAAAUUUAGAAAACAAAUUUUUUUUCACUAAAGAAGAAUACCGAGAUAAUGUAAAUUCGAUUAAAAAAAAAAAAAAAAAAAAAAAAAUGAAAUGAUUGAGAGAGAAUGAGAGACAGAAAUCGGCAAGUUACGAUUGGUGCUUUGAAAUACAUUAGACUGAAUUAUUGUUGUACAUUAAAAAAAAAAAAAAAAAAAAAAAGUGGAGUUUACUCCUACUAAUAAUUGGUAAAUGAUUAUUUCUAUUUGGACAAAUUUUAUAUGCGCUAAUCAUGUAAUUUGACACCGAUAUAUCCCAAUACACACGGACUCAUUAUAAAUUUGUUAGUCCCACACGAUUACAUGUACACUCUUUACAAAAUAUUCUUAGAAAUUAUACUUUUGAGCUGCUCUCUGCACUCGCCCAAUUUCAACGUUACGUGUCACCAAUUCAAAAUGUUUCUUAUUAAAAUUUUAUACUCAUUAUUUAAUGUAUUUUUUAUAUUAUUUUAAUUUUAUUUUACAUUGUAUUUAUAUUUUAAUCAGUUGUUUUCGAUAAAAAACAAAUUUAUUUUAAUUGUAAUUAAAUUUAAAUUAUAAUUGUAUCUCAAUUAUAAUUUAAUUAUAAUUAUAAUUAAUUUAAAAUCAUUAUUUUUUUAAUAAUUUUUAAAAAUUUAUUUUUUUUAAUUUUAUUUUUUAAAAGUUUAUUUAAGUACACUAUAUUUAAUUUUUCUAAUGGGUUAAAUUAACCUUUUUAAAAACCCCAACAAAAAUCACAACUUUACAUAAUAAAAUAUUUUGUUCUGGUGAACGUAACAAAAAGAAAAAUUGUAUACACUAUAUUGCUAAACGCACUUCAAAACAAUUGAGCGUGACAAGUACAUCAACAAAUAUUAUAUUUCAACGAUUAUUAAAAAAUAAAUAUACAAUAAUUUUAACAAGUAUAAAGGUCUUUAAGCGUAUAGAUCGUUAAAUGAACAUUUAAGGUGAAAAACAAGCAAUGUAAGAAUGAGAAAAAAAAAUUAACCGAGAGUAAAUAAUGUGGGGGGAGAAAAUCUAUAUUUAAAGAAAAAAAAACGAGCAAUUACUGCAAUGUAUUUGUCAUUUGUAAUGCGAAAUAUUAAGCUUAAGCAAAAAAAAUUUUAAAAUUAAUAUUAAUUAAGAAAAAAAAAACAGUCUCGAGGCGAGGCAUAUAGACUGAUAUGACUGAGUGGUAGAGACACUCCUGCUGCACCGUACUGCUAUUUUUUGUGUAUUGCAUUCAUUAUAUGCACGACUCCAUUGCUCUUAUUGAUCACCAAAUUUUUUCCAAAUUUAAAUUAUUUUUGAAAUUUCAGACCUGUUGUUCCAUUUUUUUUUUCUUUUUCACGAAGAAGAAAAAAAAUUUUCGAAAAAGUUUUUCUUAAAAGAAAAGAAAAUUUGUCUUAAAAGAAGAAUUUUUAAAUAAAGAAAAAGAAAUUUUUUUUUCAAUUUUUUUCUUACAAGAAAAAUUUUCAUUCGUACACGAAAAAAUGAACAAGGUGUCUCGAGUUUUACAAGUAAUUUUGUUUAAAAGUUGGACGUUUUUGAAGAAAAAAAAAUAUUUUAUUCUCUGUUGUACUGGUUCAAUGAGAGCAGUGGCACGGAACGAAAAUCGAACAAUAAAAAAUAAAUCGAUCACAUCCAAGAUGCUAAGCGUAGGAUCGCUCUGAGCGUUUAAUUAGCGUCAUUUAAAAAAAUCUGACGAAAUUUCGAAAAAAGUGAGACUUGCGUUGGAGGAUGGGUUAUAAGCAAGUCAAGAAAAUAAAGAGAGAAAGAGAGAGAGAGAAAAAGUGAGAGAGAGAGAGAGAGUUGUAGAGAAAGAGAGACGCAUACAGAUAUUAUGUACAUAAUGAUAGUUUAAGAGAGAAUGCGAGAAUGUGAAAAAAGCGAGACGGAUCAUGUAGAUGUAAAAUAAGUUUGUAAAGCACGCAAUGGGAAAUUAAUGUAAAAAAAAUCAGUCUUUGAAAUGCCUGUAAUUUUAAAAAAAUCCUGAAAAAAGUAAAUUAAAUAAAAUUUUUAUUUCCAUAUUUUAAAAAUAGUCAAUAGUAGAGAGAGAAUUUUUAUUUCUUCUUCUUCAUAUAUCAAGCAAGAUAUUUUCUACCAAGAAUAUAUAUAUAUAUAUAUAUAGGAAUAAACAGAAAAGGCAAAAAAAAAGACCGAAAUAUUGUUCCCAUUGAUUCGCUCUGCUAACACACUAUUUGCGUUUUUUAUUACAUUAUUCAAGGAAAUUUAUACACACGCAGUCAAAAAUUGUGAAUUUAGAGAGGAAAAAAUUGUAAAACUCGCAAAAUAGAGUUGAUCAAUUUUUUUUUCUACUAUUAAAUUGUAUUUCACAUGUUUAUUAUUACAGUUCGCGUCACCUCCCACAAAAUAACGGCGAUAGUUGCAGUGAAUAUUAAUGAGUAUUUUAUUUUUAUUUUUUUCAUUUUUUAGUUGGUUAUCAAAAAUUGUUUAUUGAAAUUUUCGAGUGAAAAAAUUUCUCUGCAACUUCGCUUGAUAAAUGAAAAACCCGCAAAUGUUGUAUUGUUACCCAGAAUAUUGAUGGUGUCUUGAAUGUUUUACUGAAAAUUACGAAACAAGUUUCGUCAAAUAAUUUUCUGCAUUUCAUUCUCGAUCUCCUGAUAUUUUACCUCAUGUACUGACAGUUUAGAAAUAAUACCCCCAACGCCAUACGUACAGGGGAGGCAGAAGAUAAAGAAUGUUAUUCCAGUGGUAUUAUUAAAGUUAGUAAAAAAAAAAAAUAAUAAAUAAAGCGUCGACAAUGAGCCGUUGCGUUUGAAAUGUUAAAAAAAGUUUUGUAAAUCGUUUUCUCGUUACACUUCUCUUUAUUUAUUUUCCCGCUCUUUGCGUGACUACAGACAGUAUAAAAAAAUUUUUAUUUAUAUAGAUAUAUAUAAUUAUGUUAACAUUAGCAUAUACUUGUAAAAUAAUUUUUGUAGAGGUUUAUUUUUUUUUAAUUUUUUUUAUUUCUACAAAGAGUUAAUAAAAUAUUUUAUAACAUUUUUUUUAAAAGUAAUAUAAACUAUUAUUUUUUUUGUGAUUCAUUUAUUUUUUAUUAUUUUUUUUCUUCUAAAUACUGUCUGCGUAAUUUUAUUUUAAUAUUGAAGUUUCGCAUUAUUUUGGGCAAUAAAAUAAUAACAUAGCCCCCUUAUAAAAGUUUAAUAACUGAUUCUUUUAUAAAUUUCGUCAUAUUUGACAUUUUUAGGAGAGGAAAGUAGAGAGUAUAAAGAGAUGUGAUUAAUUUUAAUUGUUAUUAAUUUUAAUUAUUGUAUUGUACUAUUAAUUAUGUUAUUGAUUAAUUAUUGAACGAUUAAUUAAUUAAUCAUUAUUGGACCGUGCAAUAUGUACAAAAUUGGACUAAAUUACCUUUUUAUAUGAAUAUUGUAAUUAGACGCAGCGUUGAUGAAUAUGUAGAGAGUCGAGAGUACUCUGCGUUGAAAAAUGAAGAUAACCACACUCUUACACACACUCACGUACACGAUAAAAGAUAUAACUAAAAAAAAAAAAAAAAGGUGAGCGAAGCCCUCUGUCUGUUGUAUAUUAUUUUUAUUUCCACCUUUUUUACAUAAAAAAAAACAAGCAAGAUCGGCAUGGACCAUGCGAUGUAUGGAUGAUAUGUUCCAAUAAUAGAGUAAAUCUUUCAACAAAUAUA